CCUCGCCCUGCUGGAUGCGGAGGGCGCCGCCGCCGCCGCUGCUGCUGCAUGGGGGAAGCGCCGCCGCCCCCCCCGCCUGGCCGCCUCGCCCCUCGCCCGCGCCCCUCGGCAAGAUGAUGAAGUUUCGCUUCCGCCGCCAGGGCCACGACCCCCGGCGGGAGAAGCUCAAGCAGGACAUCUACGCCUUCAACAAGAUGGUGGAGCAUGGCUUUCCCAACCAGCCCAGCUCCUUGGCCUUUGACCCCAAGCUGCGCAUUAUGGCCAUCGGAACCAAAUCGGGAGCAGUCAAAAUCUACGGGGCUCCCGGGGUGGAGUUCACGGGGCUCCACAAAGAGACCGCAACCGUCACUCAGAUGCACUUCCUACCUGGACAGGGUCUCCUGCUUUCCCUUCUGGAUGACAACACGCUGCACCUGUGGGACAUUUACCAGAAAGACGGCUACUCCCACCUGGAAGAGACCCGGAACUUUGUCCUCCCCGGACGGCCAGGGUUCGACAACGCUAAUUCUCCUCCCAGCAUCACCCGGGUGACGGUGAUCCUCCUGGGGUCCACCUGCAGCAUCGCAUACCUUGGCACUGAAGGGGGUGGCACCUACUUCCUGGGGCUUCCUGGUCUAACGCUGCUGGAGGACCACACCCUGUACCAAGAUGAGGUCCUGCAGAGGGUGCCUGAAGACUACCGAUGCGGGAAGGCCCUCGGGCCAGUUGAAUCUCUGCAGGAACAUCCUCAAGACUCAGCCAAAAUCCUCAUCGGAUACAGCAGAGGCCUGAUGGUCCUGUGGGACAGAAGCUCAAGAGAAGUUCAUCAUCUUUUCUUGGGCAACCAGCAACUGGAAAGCGUCAGCUGGGAGCGGAGCGGCCGGACGCUGGUCAGUUCUCACAGCGAUGGGGGCUACGCCUUGUGGUCGAUGGCAAGCGGUUCGCCCAAGACCCUGCAACCCACAACUUCCACCGUCCCUUAUGGUCCUUUCCCAUGCAAAGCCAUCACCAAAGUCCUGUGGCAGAACUGCGACUCGGGGGGCCACUUCAUCAUUUUCAGCGGGGGGAUGCCCCGGGCCAGUUAUGGAGACAGGCACUGUGUGACCAUCCUGCAGGGCCAGACUUUGCUCACGCUGGACUUCACCUCGCGGGUGAUUGACUUCUUCACGGUGGGCAGCACAGACGCAGAGGACGAAUUCGACAACCCAGCAGCCUUGGUGGUUCUGGUGGAAGAAGAGUUGGUGGUGAUUGAUCUGCAGACGCCGGGCUGGCCCACCAUCCCCGCGCCCUACCUGGCCCCUCUCCACUCCUCGGCCAUCACCUGUUCCUACCACAUCUCCAACGUGCCCCUCAAGCUGUGGGAGAGAAUCAUCAGCGCCGGCGAGCAGCAGAGCCCUCGCCUUUCCUCGGUGCCUUGGCCCAUCGAUGGAGGGCGGCCCCUGGCUCAGGAACCCACCCAGAGGGGGCUGCUCUUGACCGGGCAUGAAGAUGGCACGGUGCGUUUCUGGGACGCUUCCGGAGUGUCCCUCAAGCCGCUGUUCAAGCUGGGCACGGCCAACAUCUUCCAGAUGGACUGUGAACACAACGACAGCUUGAAUCAAUCCUACGAGGAGGAAUGGCCCCCCUUUCGGAAGGUUGGCUGCUUUGACCCUUACAGCGACGACCCCCGGCUGGGUGUCCAGAAAAUUGCCUUAUGCAAAUAUACAGCUAAGAUGGUGGUUGCUGGCACAGCAGGGCAGGUGCUGGUGAUGGAGUUUAACGAUGAGAAGUCCGAACACAUGGUCAACAUCGCUGUGGUGGACCUACUCCAAGACCGUGAAGGCUUCACGUGGAAGGGGCACGACCGGCUGCCCCCCAAGAACGGUGCCCUCUCCUUUGCCCCCGGCUUCCAGCCCAGCAUCCUCCUGCAGUGCCUGCCCCCCGCAGCUGUCACAGCUGUCACCCUGCACUCAGAAUGGAAAUUGGUGGCCUUUGGAACCAGUCAUGGCUUUGGCCUCUAUGACUAUUACCGCCGGAACCCCGUGCUGGCCAGGUGCACCCUGCACCCCAACGAUUCUCUGGCAAUGGAGGGCCCCCUCUCGCGGGUUAAGUCCCUGAAAAAGUCCCUGCGCCAGUCCUUCCGUAGGAUCCGUAAGAGCCGCGUGUCGGGCAAGAAGAGAGUCACAGCCAGUAGCCCCUCAAGUAAGGUACAGGAAGCAAACGCCCACCUCGCUGAGCAACCUGGUCCCCACGAGGUGGAGAUGGCGCCUGUCCAGCGGCGGAUCGAACCUCGCUCAGCAGACGAUUCACUGUCUGGGGUUGUGCGUUGCCUCUACUUUGCGGAUACCUUCCUCCGAGAUGCUGCACAUCAUGGACCCACCAUGUGGGCCGGCACCAACUCGGGCUCGGUCUUUGCCUACGCCCUGGAGAUCCCUUCCCAGGAGAAGUUUUCGGAGCGCUCGGUGGAGGCCGUCUUGGGCAAGGAGAUCCAGCUCAUGCACCGGGCCCCGGUGGUCUCGAUUGCUGUCCUGGAUGGCCGAGGGAACCCUCUGCCGGAACCCUACGAGGUCUCUCGGGACCUGGCCAAAGCCCCCGACAUGCAGGGCAGCCACUCGGUGCUCAUUGCUUCCGAAGAGCAGUUCAAGGUCUUCACCCUCCCCAAGGUCAGCGCCAAAACCAAGUUCAAGCUGACCGCCCACGAAGGUUGCCGCGUCCGAAAAGUGGGCUUGGUGAGUUUUGCCAGCGCCACGUGCGAUGACUAUUCAGAGAACGGGCUGGCCUGCCUGACCAACCUGGGCGACCUCCACGUCUUCACGGUGCCCAGCCUGAGGCCGCAGGUCCACUACGACUGCAUCCGGAAGGAGGACAUCAGCGGCAUCGCCUCCUGCGUCUUCACCAAGUACGGCCAAGGCUUCUAUUUGAUCUCUCCGUCAGAAUUCGAACGCUUCUCCUUGAGCACUAGGAACAUCACCGAGCCACUGUGUGUGCUGGAGACGAGCCGCACCCACGACAGCCUUUCUCCAGGAAAUAACUUCACAGCGACACCAAAACUAAACCAGGCCAACGGGACGCAUGUUUUACAAGGAUCAGAGGCUAAUCAUUCCCCUGCAAGCAACGAUCGGUCCCCCGAAGACCACCCAGGAUUGUUUGCCUCAACGCCAGUUGACUCCCCCGACAGCAGCAUCGACACCCCCUUAAAUACCACUGGAGAUAUUACAGUCGAAGAAGUGAAGGAUUACUUGACGCCCUCCGAGGAAGCCGAGAGGAAUCUGCGGAACAUCAAUGAGGAGGAGGCCAGAUCUCCAGGGAUCCUCAUUAAAUGAGGGACCCUGCACCGUCCUACGCGAUGCUUGGAGCUUCGGGACCGAGACUUCCCACUGUUUUGGCCACCAACCAUUGGUCCUACCUCUCCAGAGGACUCCAGACUCUUCCCUGCGUAUUUUUUUACAAGGACAAAAAGAGUUGUGGUCUUUUUCUAACACGUGGCCCGGAAGCGGACAGGCGGCAUCUCUUCCUGGGUACCUCUCCAAGUUUGCAUUUUUGAUAGAUUAUAAAUAUAUAUAUAUGUAAAAAAAAGGAAAAGAGAAAAAAAAGAACCAGAAAAAUGUGCCAAUGUCCUGGAGGAACCACUUUGGGAGCAUCUGCUCUUCCAUUGCACAGAGACUUUUGGGGGCUUUAAUAAGCAUUUUCUUUUGAAAACAAAGCCACUAGGAGGAGGAGGAGGACCAGGCUGAGGACUCCCCCCCCCAAACUAAGAAAGCGAUCGUGAUCUUUUGGCCCAGCGGGUCCUCUGAUGGGAGAAAGGAGCUUUCGAUGGGCAGAAGACGGAGGGAGGGAUUUUGCUGCCAUGCAACGCUGGACAGUUCCUCCAUCUGCCUUUUGGUGUACGUGGGAAUGGCUGCCAAGGCUCAGAUUGUCCUGAUCUUGCUUGAAACAUCCUCUUCAGAACCCUCCGCUGUUUCUGGGCUGAACUCCCUGAGAAAAGUUGUACUGGAUGCAAUGACAAAUUAAGUAUUUUCUGCUCACUGGUGGGAACUUUGAGGCCAAGAACAGAUUUGAAGAAAGAGUUUUUGUGAUACUAAUGGAAGCCAACCUUCCUUCUCCUCCACCAUCAUUCCUUCUCCUUCUCUACCAUCAUUCCUUCUCUUUCACCAUCAUUCCUCCUCCUCCCCUCCCUCCCUCCCUCCCUCCCUCUUAAUUUGAAGGGAACGGUUAAAGACUUUUUCUUUCUUUCUUCAUUUCUUCGUUACACAAGAUUUCUAAUUGGGAGUAUUUUUCCAAGCACAAAGCAGAUUUUGUGAAAUAGGAAGCCACAGAGCUGCUGCAAGAAAAUUAUAGCAGUCCAAGAAAACCCUGUGCAAGAAAUACUAUCGUAUAUUUCUGAUAUUGUUCACUUUUCCUUCCUCCCAUGUUAUUUGAACGUUCAGAACGAGGGGUGAGAAAAUCUGAGUCCUUCUAUUCACUUUCCUCCCCAGGAAUUUGAUGUGUAAACAGGAGUGAUCCUCUCCUCCUCCUUAGCUGCCUGUGGGCCCGAUUUGACUUUAAACAGUUUUGUAGAUUUGGGGUUAAUUAGCAAUGCCAAAGUAGCUUCCUCUUUCCUUUCUGAAAUUCCAAUUCCCUGGGAUUUCUUUUUUGUCUCGGGGAGGGAAAAUCAGUUGGGCUUGGUAACAGAGUUGAUGUACGUCUCUUAAUCCCAGGAGAUGAUAUGAUGGGUAAAUAAGUUCGGCUUAUGUUUCUGUGCUUUUUCCCCCCCCUUUGACUUUCAACCUGAGAAGGGAGUCCCCGAGUCUAGGAAGCAAAGAGGUUUUGCUGAGCUUAAGACGGGAUUUUGGUCUGGUCUGGAUGCACUGAAGAAUACAGGGUCUCCAUUGAAUGCAGGAAGCAUGGUGGGCUUGUCUUCUCUUUAUUUGGCCAAUUCUUACGGAUAUCGGGGUACCUCUGAGCUGCCUGGUCAGUUGCCACCCACCGGUCGCCCCCAGUUUCCCUCACCUCCCACAUUAGAAAUCCCAGCUUCGGCUGUUCUGCUGAAUUUGGCUGAGCCAGCUCGAGUUUUGCCUGAUGAUCCCACUCUCUGCAGUGGCUGCCGACCCUUGGCAGUCCAAGGCACGCUGCAUGCCACCACAAAGAUCCUUAGGGGAUUUUUUUGGGGGGGUGGGUGUCUUUCCUGCCUUACAAACCUCUUGCUGGGAUUUUUUGCAAGCCGCAGACGGACUCUCCAAGAAUGAGCUGCGUGUGCCACUCCGCAAAAGCCGUGGCAAGGUGUUUUUGUGCACGUUGCUGAGAUCUCGCCUCAAGAACGGGGCUUCAGCCCACCCUUCUCCCACCGCUGUCCGGCAUCCUGGACCCUUUUCUCUGGGGCGGAGGUGGGAUUCUCUUCUGCUUCACCUCCAUGUUUCCCUGUUGAGGUGGGAAAACUUCUUGUGCCAAAAAGGCAAGCAGGACCUCCAGCUCCGUUUUCUGCUGGGAAGGAUUCCUUUUUCUCACGGCUGUUUUUGUGCCAAGAAAACUCCCCUGGAGAGUUGAUAAAGAUGGGGGUGGGGAGCUAAGAAGUGGGGCUGAACCCUUAAAAAUAAAUCCCCCCUUUUCGUUGUACGUGAGAAUUGGGCUCCCCAGGAAGGGCCUUUGCAAGUCCUCUUGGGUGGAAAAGGUACGAUCCGAUCCUUGGUGUGUGUGUGUGAGUGUGAGUGAGUGCCUGAUGGGUGUCUGGACGUGUGUGCCAUUGUGAGUCUCUUUUUGUGGUAGCCACUGAGGGAGGGUGGGCUAGUCUCCUUGUAGAAUGUCCUCUUUGGAUUCCCCCCCCUUUUUUUUUUUUGGUCCAGAGAAUGGAUUUAGCAUUGUUUAGUAAUUAAUGCAGGUUUUUAAUAAAGGAAGAAUAAAGCAUUUACUAUCUAAA